AUGUUGGAUAGUCUUGUUGAAUAUACUCCAUAUCUGAGUGGUAUGGCAUUAGAAUCGAAGACCAAAUGGUCUGCUAUCUUCUCCAGAUGUUACUCAGUACAGAGUACAAGGAUCAGUACACAAACCCAUGGAUUUUUGUUUGAAAUAAUUUGCCUCAAUAUUUAUUUUUUCUUCUUUUCAAAAAUGAUGUCUACAAAUCAGACCAUCAUGGGAUCAAGAGCAACAUCGGAGGCAGCACAGUUGAGGAAGCUGAAUUCCACUUUUCAACAACUAGCGGAUAACCUAUUUCCUCGUUCAACAGCAACCACUAAUCUUCUCAGCCGUCUGGAACACUUUACAGCUGAGGCAUCAACAUUGGAAUUGUUAAACCUCAACGACUGCUUGGAGACUCUUUUCCAUGGAAAAUCAUCUACAACGGGUGACUUUGACAGUUCUAGCAGCUCACCACAAAUUCUUCCAGGCAUUCAAGAUUCUUUUGGACCCUGUGCUCCAAAAGGUUUGGUUUUACUUGAUAUAGUCAUACAUUUUAUACGGUGA